UCGUGCCGUGCCCGUGCAGCUCCGGGCUCCAGCUCCGUUUAACGGCAUUCAUGGACCCUCACCCUAUGUAUGCUCCUCGUUAACGGGCUGCAGAGGCUGAAUCAUCGCGAGACACGAUCCUCCACCCCCACUGCGUAAUGUCUUUUGGCACCAACACAAAAACGGGCUUCACCGUGCGGGACAUCCUGGAUCUCCCAGACCCCACAGGGAGAUACGGCUCCGGGACCGAGGAGGACGACCCCGAGGAGGCCUCCGCGGAGGUUUCAGCCUCGGAACUCGGGCGGAAAUUGGGAUUUAGCGGCCGGAGUUUGUGCGGGUGCGACGGUGGAAGCUACGGCAAGUGGAGCCGCGGAUCCGGUAACCUUCACUUCUCAUUACACGAUAUUUCCAUGGAGUCCCGUUCCGAUCCUAAAUUCCCCGAGCUCUCCACGGAUAAGUCCCCGGACGCGGAGCGGGACCCGGCAAGCGGCGCGGCGCAGAAGAGCCGCGGCAGGAAGCGGAGGGUGCUCUUCUCCAAGGCGCAGACCUUCGAGCUCGAGCGCCGCUUCCGGCAGCAGCGCUACCUGACCGCCCCGGAGAGAGAGCACCUGGCCGGGUUGAUCCGCCUCACCCCGAACCAGGUGAAGAUCUGGUUCCAGAACCACCGCUACAAGCUGAAGCGCGCGGAGCACAGUUUGGAGGCGCUGCAACAGCUGCUUCCGGCUCGCCGCCUCGCCAUCCCGCUCCUGGUUCGCGAUGGAAAGCCCUGUGAGCCAAUCCCAGCGCAGGACCUGGAGGUGACGCUCAGGUCCGGCCUGGGCCUGCCUCUGUGCGCCUACUCCGCGCUGCUGCAGCCCGCAUACGGCCCGGAGAGGCCCGGGCUGCCGCAGCAGCUGGCGCACAUGUACCACUGGAGCUGGUGAGACUUUAACUGAGGGACUCCGAUCCUAAAACACUAACAAGUCCAGAUAAUGAGCUCUGCUUUGGCCUGAUAAUAAUUGCUUAAAAUCGGAAAACAACCUCCCUUAAACGAUUAAUGCCACUGUUCGA